AAAAAAACAUCUCAUCCUUCAAAAUCCCUGGUCAAACCGGCUGUAAGUUGCUCUCUGGCGAGAGAUGUCAUCUCCAAACUCGUCCGCGAUUUCUCGCACAGGCGGUGCUGGCCAGUCGCCUAUUAUCGCGAAUGCCACAGACGCGACUGCGAGGAAAUAUGCAGCGUUGUCUCUGAGUAAAUCAGAUCGCAUCAGGUUCUUGGGCUUUCCGGAAGAAGUAUACCAAGAAGCAGAAUUUGUGCUCACGUCCUCCUGGCCGCCGGGCAUCAAAGCUGCAUCGCAGUACGCCGGGUCGCACGAGUAUCAGAUGAAGGGGCGGCCCUGGGGCCUGAUGGGCACGAACGAGGCAGUCGGCUCACGGGUGCUGCUACGGAACAUCCUGGCAUAUCUCUACGAUCGUUCGUGGCGCCUGACGACGUCGAUCAGUCUGAGCGAGAAGAUAGGGUCCAAGGAUACCUUGCUCUUCAAGAAUGCUGCGUCGGGCAACCCAGAGGUGGAGUGGCUGGUAAUCCAGUUCCACUCUUCGAACAAGAUCUUCGUGCACUGUCCGUGGUCUCCUGCAGCCUCUGUGGCACAUUCUCGUUCGGACGCCAACACGAGCCUGAUGAAAUCUGUCGAGAAUUGCCUGACCAAGCUUGAGUAUCUCGAAAAGGGAGAGUGGAGCCAGAAUCACGAUGCAUACCAAUUCUCGUUGAAGGGCCGGCCGUGGCGGUGUCAUGGUCAGGACUCGAUGAAGGUCAGAAAACUGCUUCUGGAAUUGGCUGAGAGCCUGGACGAGUCGGGCUGGGAAAAUUACGGCACGAUCAAGCAAAGGAGCGAAAGUGACGAUUGGAGAGUUUGUGAUUCAUGGUAUCUUGUGCGCAAGGUGUCGAUCCUGGUAUAGAGGAGGAGUAUGAAUACGAAGCUGUCAGUUUAUUUGUCAUGACACGUCGCGUCGUGCAUCCCUGAUAUUCCGUACCCAGAUAGCCAGCAACACGCGAAUAGUGAAGUGACAUGUUUUGACAUUAUGAUUACAUGGGUGUUAUACAAACAAGAGACGUUUAUGGGGCUCGAGGAAUUUCUCCUAAUAUAUAAGACAGGUAUAUGCUGAUAUGAGUAGAUCGUUGUAUGUGGUAUCCCCGUCUUCCACAUUGAGAGCAAAGGGUAC